GAUACGCCAGCCCUGGGCCAUCGUACAUAUAUAAUGUGCAUUUGUUUUGUCUACAAAAAACUGUAUGAAUUAUCGUUAUUUAAUGUGAACUGUUGUAUAAUAUUAUCGCGUUAUUAAUCAUGUAAAUCGGUGUUAUGUGGCGUCUGUUCAAAUACGUUCUAUGAUUAUUUUUGUAUCUGCACCAGGAAUAGUAUUAGGCCACAGUAAAAAAAAAGAGACAGCGGACAGCUGAUCAGACUCGCUCAACUCAAACCCCACAAAAAUUAUCACACCUGCGACAAAUUAAAAUAAAAUAUUAACAAUACUGGCCCCCAAAGUGAACCAGAUCGGCGUCAACAUAAACCUACAGCAAUAACGCCAAUACGCAUGGACAUGGCGCUGCCCAGGAAUCUAGUAGCAAAGAUCUAUGACAUUAAGGCGCACAACGAGAAGGUGACGAGUCUCGAUCUUGGCGAAACGGGACGUGUUCUAGUUACUGGCGGCGAGGAUCGCAAUGUCAAUCUCUGGGCCAUCGGUCAAGAUGAGUGCUUCAUGUCAUUGACGGGCCACAAUCGUUCCAUCGAAUGCGUUCGCUUUGCCAAUAAGGAUAAUUUCGUGUAUUCAGCCGAUGAUAUUGGGAUCAUACGUCGUUGGGAUCUGAAUGCCCAAAAAAUCUAUUCAACGCUAAAUGGGCACAUGAAAAGUGUUCGCACCUUGGAUUUCAAUCCAUCUGGGGAGUAUGUUGUCUCUGGCAGCAAUGACACAACAGUCAGGCUGUGGGAUGUUCAGAAUGAAAAUAAGUGCAUUAAAGUGUGUAAAGGACACAUAUCACAUGUGAAUUCGGUGAAAUUUUCGCCAGAUGGACUAUGGAUUGCUUCCGCUGGCUUGGAAGGAUCCAUAUUGAUCUGGGACAUACGGAAAAGCAAACAGAUUAUGGAAUUUAUUGCCGAGCCGCCGGUUACGGCCAUCACAUGCAUACAGUUUCAUCCAUAUGAGUUUCUAUUGGCGGCAGGACGUGUUGAUGGCACAGUGUCCAUUUAUGACCUGGAGCAUCAGCAGCUUGUGUCGCAAACAACACACUUCUAUGGCCAACCAAUCAAAUGCAUUACAUUUAGUGAAAAAGGCGAGUGCCUGUUUGUGGGAAGUGCUGCCGGAAUAUCUGUGAUUGGCUGGGAGCCAGAUCGUGAAUUAGAUCACAUCAAGGGCACAUGGUCCUCGCUAGCCGACAUGAAAGUUGUUCAAAACAAGUUGAUUUGUGGCUGCCAUGAUAUUGAUACUGUGUCGAUAAAUACAAUAAGCCUUGAUCGUGUGAUACCGUUCUACAAUCCGACCAACACUCAAAACAGCUUUAAGCAUAACUCAACGAGCCGAAAGAGUUUCUCGCGCGGCAAUCAAAAGUUUCGAUUGUCGCUGGGCGGAGGAUCGAAGCCGGCCAAAGUUGAUGAGGAGCAUGAGGACAAUAAAAGCCAAACGUAUGAUGAGUUAUCAUCACCGAACCUCAGUCUGGAGGUUGUCAAUGAGGCGGCACUGGAGCAUAUUGAAACAUCAUCGCCGAUGUCCUCGCUUCAGCACAUCCCACAGACCAUUGUUUCAGCGUCAUCCAUGGAGGGCAGCACAUAUAAUGCAGGCGGUGGCGGCAUCGAUGCUUCGUCGCUGAAGCACAACAAAUUCGCCCGAGACAAUCUACCAUUUAAUCUAGAUGGAAAUUAUAGUAGUUAUGGCAUGGAUAUGGGCGGUUCGAGUCGUAUGCUAAAUUUAAAUGGACCAAGUUCACUGCACGUAUCGGAUGAAUAUGAUAUAUAUUCAAUUGAAAAAGGUGAUGUAGAGUAUAGUCCAAACGAUAGCAAUCCGCCGAUUCUAACCAACUAUGAUAACUAUGAGAUGGCCGAGGAUUUCCCCGUGAAUCAAAACUUAAAUUAUUUAACCAACAACUAUAACAAGGGAACAAUCGUCACGACAGCGGCGCCAUCAACCAUCAAUGCCUCAUCGAAAUCAAUUAAAAAGACAACAACAACAGCACUGCACAAAAGAAACACAGCGAUUAGCAAUACCAAACAAACAUCAACGGCAAUCUUUGGCAAUAAUAAAUUGGGACAAGCCUCUUCGGUUAGCUCAAUGGAACUGCAUAAGCUCGAUGAUAAUAUGGUACUCAAGAAAUCCUCAUCGUCGAAUGUCGUCAACAAGAACAAACGUUCGAUGGGCCAAAAUCAGAGUCAAUUCUACAAAGAGAACACACAGCAAAAGAACAUUAACGUAGAGAUUAUCACCAAGCCACCAAUGAGAUCGCGAACAACAUUAGAUAUGCGUACAUCGCAUCAGACUAAGACAACCAUACAAGAGAAACACACGCAGCAUCAACCGAUGAACUAUCGUCCCGAUUUAAUACCUACCAAGCCCAUAAACCGCAAUUUCAUCGACGAUCAUUAUGAGUUCGAUAUCUUGACGAGAUCACACGAAGCUGUGCUGCAGGAAUUGAGCAAUCGACAGGCGAGUCUCGAUCUGCUGCGAAAUUCAACGCGUUCACACGAUGUUCUUGGUGCAUUGAGGCUAGCUAAAACUAGUGGACGAUCUAUAUUUAUAGAUCUUUUAGGGGCGAUAAUUGAAAAACCUUCAUCGUGGAAUUUGGACUUUUGUACAUUUGUUUUACCAGAGAUUUAUGAACUUUUGCAAAGUCAACACAAAUUUCAUUUCACGAGAGCUUGCGACACUUUGCGCAUCAUUUUGUCAAACUUCUUGCCAACGAUUCAAGAGAAUCUCGAUUCUUGGGCAGCAAAUGGUUUGGGCGUCGAUGUGACGCGAGAGGAUCGUCAACGCAAGUGUUUAGAAUGCCAAAGAUGGCUGCUGCAAAUUAAAAAUCUACCCGAAAGUGUGCAUUUCGGUUCAACGCUGUCACAGUUACAAAAUAUAAUCGUAUUUUAAAUGAAGAAGGAGAAAUUAAAAAAAAAAAAAAUUAUUUAUGCAUAUUUAGUUGUAAAUUGUCCAGCAUUACAAAUGAUUUAAAAAAAAAAACAAAAAACAAAAACCUACUAUUAAUUUGUUAUUGCAAACUAA